GGGCCUCCAUGUACGUAAUUGGUCCAUCUCAUCAAAACAGUGUUAGGGUUAGCGUUGUUUGGAAGUUUUUUUUUUUCAAAAACAACCUUUUGUUUGCGCCGUUUUGGCCCUCUCAACACUUUCUCCUUCUUCUCUGUCACUCUCUGCUUCCGAUUCACUCAACGUUGCAUCUCUGAAGUUUUGAUUUCGUAACACAAUCCAUCUCCGUCAUGACGUAUAUUGAACUAGAAUGUCCCGCUAGUGUUAAGAGACAGUUGGCGAAGCUGUUUGAGGUUUCUCUGAGGGCAACGGUGCCUGAUGAACCUGAUGUGGUUCCGUUGAUUGAGGCUUGUGCUGCGAAAGGUGGUGUGAAAUUUGCUGAUUAUCAAUGUAAUAAUGCAAUGGGUAUAUGGUCUAAGAUAAAAGGAAAGCAGACAGUAUUCAGGAGUCCCCCUGCAAUUGGACAGGCCAUUGUUAACAAUCUUCCGCAGUCUGAGAUGAUAGAAUCAUGUUCUGUAGCCGGUCCUGGAUUUGUGAAUAUUGUCUUAUCAAAGAAGUGGAUAGCGCAGAGGUUAGAGAGGCUGCUGAUUGAUGGUAUUGAUACGUGGGCACCUCAACUUCCGGUGAAGAGGGUUAUGGUCGAUUUUUCCUCACCUAACAUAGCAAAGGAAAUGCAUGUUGGUCACUUGAGAUCUACCAUUAUUGGGGACACAAUAGCUCGGAUGCUUGAAUUUUCCCGUGCGGAAUCUCUUAUCCGCCGAAAUCAUCUUGGUGACUGGGGAACACAGUUUGGCAUGCUAAUAGCACACCUCUUUGACACAUAUCCAAACCCAGAAGAUGUCAAUGAAGCAGCUAUUGGGGAUCUCCAGGCAUUCUAUAAGGACUCAAAAGUGCGGUUUGAUAAUGAUCCUGAAUUUAAGCUGAGGGCACAACAGUCAGUGGUCCGGCUCCAGAGUGGAGAAGAGAAGUAUCUCAAGGCAUGGCAACAAAUUUGUGAUGUUAGUAAGGCUGAGUUUGAAAAGGUCUAUCAACGCCUUGGAGUUCGGUUGGAGGCAAUGGGAGAGAGCGCCUUUAAUUCAUUUAUCCCUCCAACUUUGGAAAAAUUGGAUAAAUUAGGACUGAUUGAAGAAAGUGAUGGUGCUCGUGUGAUAUUUGUUGAGGGUGUGAACAUACCGAUUAUUGCUGUGAAAAGAGAUGGUGGCUACAACUAUUUUUCAACUGAUCUAGCAGCACUUUGGUAUCGCCUAAAUGUGGACAAACUUGAUUGGAAUAUAUAUGUUACAGAUGUUGGGCAGUGGCAACACUUUGAUAUGCUUUUUAAGGCCUAUAGGCGUGCAGGAUGGUUACCAAAGGAUGAAAAUGAGUUCCCAAAAUGUACUCAUAUUGGUUUUGGUCUUGUUCUUGGGGAAGAUGGAAAACGAUUUCGGAGUCGCAGCAGUGAUACUGUUCGAUUAGUUGAAUUGCUUGAUGAAGCUAAAAGGCGCUGUAAAACUGCCCUUCUCGAACGUGAUGCUGCUAAAGAUUGGUCUGAGGAAGAGAUUGAGAAAACAUCAGAGGCAAUUGGUUAUGGGGCUGUUAAGUAUGCUGACUUGAAGAUCAACAGAUUAACAAAUUACACAUUCAACUACGAUCAGAUGCUUAAUGAUAAGGGGAAUACUGCUGUUUAUUUGCUAUAUGCACAUGCUAGGAUCUGUUCCAUUAUCAGGAAAUCUGGUAAAGAUGUAGAAGAAUUAAAGAAAAAUGGGAAUAUAUUGUUGGAUCAUGAAGAUGAGCGUGCAUUGGGGCUCCAUUUGAUACAAUUUCCCGAGGUUUUUGAGGAGUCAUUAUCCAAUUUGUUGCCCCAUGUGUUGUGUGAAUACCUCUAUAAUAUGACAGAAAUCUUUACAAAAAAAUUUUAUACUAAUUGUCAGGUUGUCGGGUCGCCUCAGGAAACUAGUAGACUCUUGCUAUGUGAAGCAACAGCAACUGUGAUGAGACAGUGCUUUUAUCUCCUUGGGAUUGAACCUGUAUACAAGCUAUGAUCUAUCUGAAGAGGUUCAAGUGCAAAUUUUUGGAACAUAUAUUAUUUUUGUGAUCGCAGCUGUAGGAAACUUAAUUGUUCUUGCUAAUUAUUUCUUCCCUCUUUUGUCCAUUGUAUCAAAGUUAAAAAGUAGGAAACUAAUGAAUGAUUGAUGGGAAUGUUAUUGAAAAGGUGCUUUAAAAUUUAAUUUGAUGC